GAUGAAAUAAACGCAUGUCUCAAGGCGUCACUACUGUGGUCUAGAAUCGAAAAGCUUCAUCUUACGUGCAACAUGUGCGUCCACGAAUCGGGUGUCUUUGCAUAUAAGAGACGGUGGUCUGGAAACGAACGCAGAUGGGAAAGUUCUAUUUUCCGAAGAUUUUUCCCUUCCAGUGAAUACAGAGAAUGAACUUAUCAUGUACGUUUUUCCCAAUUUGGAGGUUAAUAUAAAUAAUGCAGAGUGGUUGUAUGAGAGGGCAGUACUGUCGCCUAAGAACGAGUGGGUCAAUAAAAUAAACAAAAAAAUUUUAGACAUGAUCGUCGGCGAUUCAAAAGUAUAUUCAUCCAUAGACACUGUGAUUGCUAAUAAUGAUAGUACUUAUCCCGUUGAAUUUCUCAACUACCUAGAGUUAACAGGCGUUCCGUCCCAUAAGCUGGAACUUAAAGUUGGUGUUACAGUUCUACUGAUGCGAAACUUUGAUGCACCCAGACUGUGCAACGGCACCAGGCAGUAAUAUUCUUAAGCCACCAUUAUUACAGGAGUUGCUAAAGGAGAAAGUGUUUUAAUUCCCCGCAUACCCAUUAUUCCCAAUAACUUGCCAUUUCAAUUUAGGAGAUUGCAAUUUCCAUUAAAAUUGGCGUUUACAAUUAACAGAUCCCAAGGACAAACCUUAAAAGUAGCAGGCACUUAUUUAGGCACUCCAUAUUUUUCACACGGUUAAUUAUAUGUUGGUUGUUCACGUGUUUCAAGUGCCCAAAACUUUCACGUGCUGGCGGAAAAGAAUAAGUCAUUUAAUGUUGUAUAUAAAACGGUAUUGGAAUAAAUAAAAUAAUGAUAUAUUAUAUAUAUUAAGAAUUAAUUAUCAUGUGCUAAAUAGAAAAAUAAAUUAAAAAUUUUCGUUUUAAAAUACCCAUGUUUGUUCAAAAUUUUUUUUUCAAGUUAUUAAUAAAAUUAUUGUAUAUUUAUUAUUCUUUUUUGAAAUUUUUUUGCCAGUUAUCGCAUGUAUGAAAAAACUUUUUGGAGAUUCGUCCAUUUUUACUGUCCUAUCUGUAUACAG